UUUAGGACUGGAUCGGAUUUGUUUUUCCUUCUCGAUCAUAUCGAAAAGAAGAUAGAUAACCAGAUGAUAGUAUUCACUUUUCUUUUCAAUUCAACCUUAGAGUUUCCGACAAAUCUCUCCCUGUAAUUCCGUCAAAUCCUUCUGAGAUAGGAAACCUUGACCGACAUCCUGUCACACCUUCCCCUACGACAAACAACAUGGCUGAUAGGAGAGACAGGUGUACUCAUGUUCUCCUCUUAGCAUAUCAGAGUUUUGGGCUAGCAUUUGGAGAUUUGAGUAUCUCCCCUCUCUAUGUGUAUAAAUGUGCAUUCUAUGGAGGACUGCGUCAUUACGAAACAGAAGAUACGAUGUUUGGAGCGUUUUCUUUGAUAUUUUGGACCAUAACUCUCCUCUCACUCAUCAAAUACAUGGUUUUUGUCUUAAGAGCAGACGACAAUGGUGAAGGAGGGAUUUUUGCGUUGUAUGCUUUGCUGUGCCGACACACGAGGUUUUCUUUGCUUCUGAAUCAGCAAGCUGCUGAUGAAGAGAUAUCUACUUACUAUGGCCCUGGAGAUGCAAACAGGAGUUUACCCUCUUCUGAUUUCAAAAGGCUUAUAGAACAUAAUAAAAGAUCCAAAACAGCUUUGCUUCUUUUAGUCUUGGUUGGUACUUCAAUGGUCAUUACCAUUGGUGUCCUUACACCCGCAGUUUCGGUUUCUUCCUCCAUUGAUGGACUUGUGGCCAACACAAAUUUGAAGCACAGUACCGUGGUUAUGAUAGCAUGCGCUCUGCUCGUUGGACUUUUCGUUCUACAGCACCGUGGAACAAACAAAGUCGCCUUCUUAUUUGCACCCAUCAUGAUUUUAUGGCUGUUUUCAAUUGCAACUGUUGGUCUGUACAAUAUUUUUAAAUGGAAUCCUAGCGUAUACAAAGCUUUGUCUCCAUACUAUAUCUAUAUGUUCUUUAGAGACACUGGUAAAGAAGGAUGGUUGUCUCUUGGAGGCAUUCUUUUAUGCAUCACAGGAACGGAGGCUAUCUUUGCUGAGCUUGGCCAAUUUUCAGCUAAAUCUGUAAGGUUUGCGUUUUGCUGUGUUGUUUACCCAUGUCUGGUGCUUCAGUACAUGGGUCAAGCUGCGUUCUUAUCAAAGAACUUUUCUGCUUUACCCACUAGCUUCUAUUCCUCCAUCCCAGAUCCAUUUUUCUGGCCGGUUCUAAUAAUGGCAAUGCUGGCUGCAAUGGUUGCUAGCCAGGCCGUCAUAUUUGCAACGUUCUCAAUUGUCAAACAAUGCUAUGCCUUGGGAUGCUUCCCUCGUGUAAAGAUUGUUCACAAACCAAAAUGGGUACUAGGUCAAAUCUAUAUUCCCGAGAUCAACUGGCUCCUCAUGAUCCUCACCCUCACAGUCACCAUCGGUUUCCGAGAUACUAGACACAUAGCUUUCGCUUUUGGACUUGCUUGCAUGAGUCUGGCGUUUGUGACGACUUGGCUGAUGCCUCUAAUCAUAUACUUUGUUUGGAAUCGUCAUCUCGUCUUUGCUAUUCUCUUCAUCAUCCUAUUUGGGACCAUCGAACUCGUCUUUGUAGCAUCUUCUUGGACCAAGAUCCCACACGGCGGAUGGGUCACUAUCCUCCUUUCUCUACUCUUCACUUUCACCACAUAUGUCUGGCACUAUGGAAACCGAAGAAAGUACCUAUACGACCAACACAACAAAGUCCCCAUGAAUACAAUCCUCACCCGUGGCCCGAGCCUCGGGAUCGUCAAAGUCCCUGGCAUAGGUCUAAUCUAUACAGAGCUAGCAAGCGGUGUCCCAGCCACAUUCACUCACUUCCUCACCAACUUACCAGCGUUCUACCAAGUGGUUGUCUUUAUCUGCUCCAAAACCGUCCCUAUCCCUUACAUACCGCAGAAAGAACGAUACCUUAUAGGCCGCGUCGGUCCCAAAACGUACAGGAUGUACCGUUGCAUAAUCCGAACGGGAUACAAAGACGUGAACAAAGACGGAGACGACUUUGAAGACGAGCUUGUCGAUAGCAUCGCCGAGUUUAUCCAACUGGAAGCCGAAGGCUCGGGAUCAAACAGGGACCGUUCUGUUCAUGACGGUCGGCUUGCUGUUGUGAAAACUUCAAACAAGUUCGGGACAAGGCUGUCUCGGUCAAUAUCAGACGUUAACAUAGCGGGAAGCAGCAGCUCGAGGUCUCAGACGACUGUCACUAAUAGCAAGUCGCCCGUGCUGAAGAGACUGAAAGCGGAGUACGAACAAGAGCUUCCGAAGCUUAGCAUGAGGAGGAGAUUUCAGUUCAGACCGAUGGAUACAACGUUCAGACAACCGCAAGUGAAGGAAGAGUUGUUUGAUUUGGUUGAGGCGAAAGAUGCUGAGGUGGCUUAUAUAGUCGGACAUGGUCACGUGAAGGCGAAACGGAACUCGACGUAUGCGAAACAGUUGGUGAUAGAUGUGGCUUACUCGUUCUUGAGGAAGAACUGCCGUAGCCCUGCCGUGAUGUUGAAUAUUCCUCAUAUUUGUUUGAUUAAAGUAGGUAUGAAUUAUUAUUUAUAGUGAGAAAGAGUGGAAAGAGUUUUGAUUUUAGUUUUUGUGUUAAAGAAGUUAUGUUGGACUUUUUCUUUGAUUAUUUGGCUGAUAAAAUAAUUGUGUGACUAC